CCUCCUAUUGAUUAGUUAAUGUCUCGAUUUGUUGUCGAAAAUCCGCGCGCGCAGUGACGUCGUUAAUUGCACAAGCUGGUGCGAGACAUCGCGACAACUUCCGCUUCAGCUUUACGGCAGUGCCGUACGUGAGCACGCGCGAACGCGUCGCUUCGUUGCAUCUUUCUCCCCGAAUCAGUACUUGAACGCAACGCUCAGAAGCCUCGACACCGGACGUCCACGACUACUUGCUUGCCGGGGAAAAAGCAAGCACUUGUUAAAUCUUCGCGUGCGGACGUUCAAGCUUCUCAAGCGAGCGGAAGUUUAGCUUAGCUCAGUUUAGCUUAGCUUAGCUUGCUCGAAGCCAACAAAGUGACGCCGUUGUAAGCGACGCGUCGCUCAGCAGACAGAAAUGUGUGAAAAAAGCGUGAAGGACGAAGAGUGCGCGGAUGAAAUUUGUCGGACGAAAGUGAGCGAACGGCAACGACUGGGCGCCGAUUGCAAGCUGCAACCGCCAAACUCGUCACACGCAGCAGAUCUUGGUCCUGAGCGGCAGGAGCCAAAGCCCCCCCACAUCAAAGAGGAAGAUGCGCAAGAGCUGCCCCACGUGAAAGAGCACGAGGAUGAAAUCACAAAGUUUCCAUCGCCUGCUGUCACUGUGAAGAGCGAAGAGGUUAACGGAGCCCGCUGCGCCGGACCCCAAGUCGACGGCCUCUUAGCUCCGCUCUCGGAUAGUGACGACAUAACGUCGCACUCUUCUGACAAUGAUGCGGAUGAACAUUCUACAGCUCCCUCCGCAGUGUCCCGAGUUCCGGGGGCCGAGCAGAAUGAAGACGACGCGGGGGUCGGCGGAAGCGGCGAGGUGACGGCGGACGGCAGCGGGGAUGUAACCGACCGGCGGCCGGCCGGCCGAAGACGAGUUAGACGGCGGGGGAACUGGCGGCGGGUGAACGCUCCGUUCCUGGAUCUCCAGCGAGGUGGGUUUGAGAUGCUGGAGCAGGAGCUCGGCACACUCAAUACCCACCUCCGGAGCCUCCAGAGCGACGUUCUCCCGCUGCUUACGUCCAUCAACGGCACCCUCCAACAGAUCGCUGAUGCCGCAGAGCAGCUGGCUCCGCGGCCGGCGCAGAACCCGGUCCAGCCCAGGCGGUCUCUGCGAAGAAGACGGGGGCAGAGAGUGGCGAGUGGAAAAGCGGGCGGGGGGAGUCGUGGAACUAAUUGCUGAUGAAUAAACACAAUUACUUUUGUCCUCACGUGUUGACGCCGCGUUCAUGAAACCGGAUUCCAGAUUCUAAAGAUGGAAGUAGCGCCCCAACCGCCUUCACUUUUACAGCCACCGGGAGAGCGAAGGGAAGCUGUGUGGUGCACGGGGUCAUUGGUCACUAUGCGACAGAUGAGUUGCGUCGCAUCCCUGGCCACGUGCGGCCCAGUUCUGUGACAGUUAAAGAGAACCGAUGAAGCGAGUGGCAUAAUUAAACGUAUGACGCUCAGACAAUUUUUCUCUUGCCCGCAGCUUUUAUAUCACAGCGUCAUGCAAAUCUGUCACUCGUGUCCACUCUUGCCAACCCAAUCAAGCCAAUAUUCACCUGCUCGCCCACGUCGCGGCGAGAAAAAAGGGGAAAUCAUUUCGAUGAACCCGUAUUUUAUGUUUUAUUAAAUCGUGAUGCAUUCUGCUACUCAGACCGGGAGCCGUCCAAUUCAGGGGUUUGGAAAGUACCCGACACUUUAUUGAACUCAUUCACUGCCAGCCUCCCCAGUUAACAUGGAUGUUUGACUUCUGAAGCCGUCAAUGGCAAUGAACACACGUAAUAAUGUGCCCCGCCGAGCAUUGACAAUAUCAAGACUCACACAUAUUUGUUCAUGUAGCCAAUUGUCCUGAGAUAGGUUCAUUAAAUAUAUUUUCUUCAUUUUAUUUAGGUUCAUUAAAUAUAUUUUCUUCAUUUUAUUUAUUUUGUAUUCAUCUCUCAUUGCGUAAUUGGUUGGUUGAAUAUAAACGAAACUGAAUACACUUUUGACGUUGUUUUGUCUAUUUGAAUCAAUCAUUGUUUAAUUAUUUAGAAUUCGGCCCUAAAUAAUUGGGAAUGAGUAGUUUUUGUUAAAAAAAAAAAUAUUUGAUCUUAAAUAUUAAAGUGGGCAAACUAUCCAAAAAAAAAAUCAAAAAUAAAAAGAAUUUGAGAACGGGGCAAAUGCUUUUUUUCCACAGCACUGUACUGUGUCACCCCAUUUACUUCACAUUUGCUUAUUUUAGGCUUCAUAUCUUUUUCCACAUAGUUCCUCAUUCUUACAGAUGAGCAUUAACUUUCAAUCUCUCAAUAGUUUUGCUUCUAGAAUUUCUCCGAAUUACCUACAAUAUAGUCCACUAUAGAAAUAUCCCUGUGAUUCAGAA